GCCUUGAUGCGGCUGCGUUGACAUAUCACAAUGUAUAUAUAUCACCCCUGCUGAUGCCACUACUCACGAUGUCUUGUGUUGACCUGACAGAAACUUUCACUCGCCUUGCACUCAUCUGUUCAGGAGGUGAGCCACCGAGUAAUUCAGUACCGGAUCUUUAUAUUUACCACCAGCGACCCUUGACUGGGCGAGCAUGGAUUCUCAGAAACCGCCAAUCCCAUCAGCAAGGAAAAAUGCACCUUAUCCACCUGCAGGCGUGCCAGCUCCAGGACCUGGGCAACUUUUCCAUGGAGUGGGAGGGGGAGCUGCUGAAAACGCACCUCCAAGAGGUACCACACCUCCUCCAAGUGCAGUUUACGGCAAUUUGCCAGGACGAGGCCACUCUGGCGGCCCGAGUCAGCCAGGGUACCCGUUCUUCGGAGCGACUCACACGGAGGGAGAUCGCUCUGGGCUUUCCACCCAGCCGGCACCAGGACUUGCAACGGGGCCGGCGGGCAAUCACCCAGUGGUGAGUGGACCUGUCACCGAUUUCUACGGGUCAGCAGAUCGUCAUGCCAUGGGACCAAUGCAACCGCCGGUCUUCAAUCAUUUUGCGACCUUGCAAAGUGCCUCAGGGGCGGCGGGACGAGCGGCUGUCAACAGUGCCUUGAAUCAGACCGCAGGGAAUGGUACACUUCAUAUGGGAUCGAGCGGAAUUGGAGCUUCUCACGGAGGAGUGCCACUUACCACGAACGAUGGUUUCCAUAUGUCUGCCGAUCCCCAACAGCACGCCACAAUUGAUCCGCACUCAUCAUUCAGCGCAGAUGGUCGAACUCAUUUGUAUGCCGAUGGUUCAUCGAGUACCGUUGCGCCACAACAGCCCGGCCAGAUGGGCAACCGCCCUGUCAAUCAUGUACCCGGUCAGGUCGGAUCCGCGAUUGAGGGACAGGCAGCGGCAGGAUCGUAUUAUCAUCCGAUUGACCCGACUGCGCAGCCCGUCCAGGACACGCACGAAAGCGGGACAGGGUCUUAUUAUCCAGAUCCCGCUCAGGCGGCAAAGGCAGCUGGGACCUAGCAGGUGCUACCAUGACAAGCAGAGCCUGACUGUGUUUGCGGCAUCAUGACCGACAGGGAAGAUGCAAGACCGAUCCUUCGAAGGGGGUUGCGUUGUGCUUGGACACGUACAUGCAUGAUGCUCAAGCUGCCAUCUGGAAAAGAAUAUUGCAAACUGUACGAAUGACCAACUAUCCCCGAAUGACGAGAGGUCUCACAAUCGAUAAUCUGCUCGUGUUCAAGUAAGGCGGCCAGUAGCAUUGGACAGAAAGGAGUCUUGGUCUUGCCUCGCGUCACUGGCAACCAGAUUCAGCUGUAAGAGAUAUCCUCAGGGGAAGUAUUUAUC